GGCAAAGGACUUUAAACCCAUUCAUUGCAUGUCAUGAAAAACAGGUUGCAGCACAUAAUUACUAAAUAGUCAUAUAGAUUCACGUUUAAUUAGAUUUAUGAAAAGAUACACAGUACUGGUACUCCAGAAGGACUGUAUGGUACAUUAGAAUACAACAAGAAAAUAUAGAUAUUUUGGAGUAAAUAUGAUCGAUCAGUACCAGGAGUCUUUUAAGGGGAAAAAAACAGUGCAGCAAUCAAGUUUGGUUGAGCUUCUUAAGACAUCAUUAAAAUCUAAACUAACUAGUUUGUCCAGAAGGGUGAGCAGGAAGUCAUGCACUGUCAUUUUUUGCGUGUGAAGAUCUUGUAACACAGGAGUGUACCUACAGUGUCAAAGAACGAGGAACUUUUUUCAAUACUUUAUAGGAAAAGUACAUUAAUUUACUCAUAAUGUUAUGGAUUUUGAGCAUGGAUUGACAGCAACGGAGGAGUGAAUGAGUUAAGUACCUGAAGACUAUUUAUAUCACAUGGAAGUACAAAAAUGAUGGUGCUUCCAGCGGGCGACCUUGCCUCUGCCAGGCAGUUGACAUCGGCUGCAGCUUUGAGUUUUCCCUUCUCAGCUGCAGUGAAAUACAGCAUCCUGGGUUUGUCAGUUUCUCUUCUCCUGGUCGCAUUGGGCAUUUUAGCCUGGCAGGCUUUUAAAUGCUUCAAACGCCAACGCAGCACCACUGACCGCCAUGAAGCAGUGAACGGUGAGUUGCUAAACUCGGAUGUCAGAUCUCAAACCAGACAAUACAAAGGAAUCCCAGCUAUUAAGGUGGAGGAUGUUGAUGCAGACAUCUUAUCUCGGAACUCCUUGGGACCCGACCAGGAAGCAGCGGAUGAUAAAGUUAAAGGAUUUCUCCACUACUCCGUCUACUUUGACCAGCAGCAGCGCCAGCUUGUGGUUACAGUCUUGGAGGUCGAGGGGCUUCAGCAACAAAGUCAGAUCAGCAGCCUCCAGCUUUUUGUCCAACUGAAGCUCCUGUGGAAAGGAUCUGAGAAGGGGGAGCGUUGCAUUGAAGAUGGGGAAGGAGGGACACCAUCAGCCCUAUGCACCGUGCUGCAGGACUUCCAGACUCGCAUUGUGAAAGGAACCUGUAACCCCUUGUUUGGAGACCAGUUCAGCUGUAUUCUGCGUGAUGAAAAGGAGCUGAAUCACAUUCACCUCAGGAUGGAGGUAAGAGACUAUGAUAAAUACUCCAGACACACAGCAUUGGGAGAGGUGAGGACAUCCCUGGGGCAAUUCAAUAUUUCUUACCCUCUGGAGCUGAAGGGAAAACUUCACAGUCCCAGGAAGGAUCUUGUAGGUGAGGUGCUUUUGUCACUUAAGUUACUCCCAACUUCUCAGAGACUUGAGGUUGGAGUGUUAAAGGUUCGAACGGUCCACAAGGAGCCCCACGUGGAUGCAGCCUUGUAUGCAAGGAUCACUGUGCAGUGCAACCGCUGCAAGUUGAAGUACCAGAAAACCUCCGCGAUGGAACAUGGGACGAUGACCGUUUUUAAUGAGGUUCUUGUAUUCUCCUUGCCAGAUUUUGAUCUACAACAGUGUAAAAUUAUGGUCUCUAUUUUUGAGACUCACUCAAGUAGGAAGCCAUCCAAACAUCUUAUCGGACAGUUGGUGGUGAAGAAAGACAAACAUUCAGAAGACAAGCACUGGGGUCUUAUGAUCCGCUCGGCUCGUCAGCCAAUAGCGAUGUGGCAUGCUCUUCUUAUCUGAGUAACUGGCUCAACUUCUUGUGAGUAAGUUAUUUUUAAAAUGAGUAAAUAAUGUAGUCCAUACUCAAGUCUACAAUAAUUCAUCCAUUCAUUUUCUAUGCUAUUUAUGCUCACUAGUGUUGUGGGAGUAUGCUGGAGCUUAUCCCAGCUGAGCAGGGUAGACUCCAAUCCAAUCCAAUCCAAGACAAUAUGAAAUGGGUUAUGUCUUAUUUGACAAGCCUGUGCUGCCAUCUAGGGGCUUAAGGGUUUUUAUUACUUAUUCUACACUGGAAUCAAUAUUAAUAUUUUGAUGUUAUUUGCUGUUUUGCAUCACAUUGUGCACUUUACAUAUUUUCAGUUUUGCUGAUGGAACUGUAACAUUACAGAAUCCUUAAUAUAUUACACUAUGUGUCACAUGAUCACUAAAAAUGCAUAUUAAAAUCAAUUCAAGGAACUCAUACCUUACCUGUGCAUGUCCAGUUUUUAGAAGUUGUGUUGACACCAUUUUUUUUAUAAAUGGAAAAAGAGAAAUAUGCACAAGGCUGAAUAUUAUGACUGUAGAGACGAGACAGGCAAAGACACCAAAUGUGAGCUGCCAUUUUGACACUUAGCUAGCUUACUUUUGACAUGGGACCCACUUAUUAUGUCUAUUGUAUGUAUAUUUUUUAAUAAACCCACAACCCUCACCAUUGAUAUAUAAUGUGAGGUGCAUAUUAACCAUGUUACAGCAAUAUUUAAAUUUUUAUUCUUAACAUUAUUUCGCCAAAUGAGCUGUCAUUUUGACACUUAGCUAGCUUACUUUUGACACCUGCUAGCUGGCGCACGUAUGGGACCCACUUAUUAUGUCUAUUGUAUUUAUAUUUUUUAAUAAACCCACAACCCUCACCAUUGAUAUAUAAUGUGAGGUGCAUAUUAACCAUGUUACAGCAAUAUUUUAAUUUUUAUUCUUAACAUUAUUUCG